AUGUCUUCAUUUUCAUUUAACGGUGCCAGAUCAAAAUCCAAGCCAACUGAAACAAUUUUGCAGCAGGAAUCGCCCAACCAAAAGAAAUACAGCAAAAGAGUUGCAGCAAAUAUAUGCAAAACAAGUUCAUUUUUGAAGCCGAACCAGUUAUCAGAGUUUACUUCACAAUUCAAAUCCAAAAUAAGCGAGAGGGACGAAAAUCUUUGUUUGAAAUCAAUCGACAGUGAAAACUUCCCACAGUUUAUAUCAAAAAACAGCACAAUUGAAAAAUCAAAUCUAGGCAAAGCAAUUGAUUCAGAUAAGCUUGAAAGCUUUUUAAGAGAAAUCGGGAUAUCAAAAUACAUGAAUUUGUUAAAAGAAAAUGAAAUUUCUUAUGAUGAUUUAGCACUUUUAACAAGAGAUGACUUGAUAGACUUAAAACUUCCUAUUGGGCCAAGAAAUAGGCUGCUGAUUGCGAUUAAAGAAAAAUUUGAAAAUAUUGCGAAAGAAGAAAUUAAGCCGUUAAGCCAAAUUAGAAAUGGGACACCACAUAAGGAUCCCCCCCCUCAUUUGUCCAAUUUUCUAGUCUUUUAUCAUUUGUCCAUUUUUUCUAGUUUUUUUGGACCUCAUUUGUCCAAUUUUCUAGUCAAAAUUUUGAUAGAGAAAAAAAAAUUUUCAGGACCUCAAUUGUCUCAUUUUCUAGUUUUUUUAAAGUAAAAAACUAGAAUUUAGGGCAUUCGAAAAAAUCCAAAAAAGACUAGAAAAUUGGACAAAUCAUUUUUGACUAGAUUUUGGGACAAAUGAGGCCCUGAAAAAAAAAAAUUCUUAUAAAAAAAGACUAGAAAAUUCGACAAAUGAGGGGGGGGAUCCUUAGAUAUCAGAUAAAAGAAGAAAAUGAUAUUUUUAUACCGAAUUUGGCACAAGUGUCAAAUAAAUUUGACGCAAAAGAAAGACCAUCUUCGAGACAAAGCAUAGAAAGCAUUUCUUCAGAGUCUUUGAGGUCGCCAAUAAAUUAUGAUGAAAUUGUAGCAAUGCUUAAUAAUAUGAGAGAACAGCAAAAUAUAAUGCUCAAAGCAAUUGAAGAAAACCAAAGGGUAGUAACAAUGCUGUGCCAAUCUGAUUACCUUCAAAAUUUCUGGUGAGACGUGCGGAUAGCUGAAGUCGGAGCUUCUUAGAAGACUUGCCCAGUGGGCUGACCACCGAUCAGACCAAAAUGGCUCGGUAAUGUCACAAGUUGGCUUAGUCCCUAUUUAACUAUAGGGAGUGGGCACUAGACACUUUAAAACUGAGUUAAUUAAGAUUAAGAUUAUCUUCAAAAUGCAGAUAGACAAUCCCAUAGCCGAAAAAGCUCAGGAUAUAACGGAAAUAUUUAUUAA